GGAAGUACAUUUCCCACAACAACGCAUCUACUUCAGGUUCAACAAAACUGCGCGCUAAAUUCGAGUGACGUUCAGUCGAUUCCGUACCAAAAACGAAGGUAUGGAGGGCGACAGAAUGGAGGUAGGGGAUCUGAAGCAGAACCCCAACGACACGAACAACAUCCAUGUGGAGGUUCACGUCAAAUCUACCAGCACUGCCAAGAGGUCUGACGUGAAGAUGCACGUCUUGAACCUGCUGAACCGUCAUCGGAUGGUGUUCGGGGCCUUCAGGUGGACAGAGUUUGACGAAGACUUCCUUAUCAAACACGUCCAAUCAGUGGCCAUAGUGGACGCUGAGAGAAAACCCAUAGAUCUGAAGAGCUGCAGUCUGUCCAUCCACAUCUUCACCCUGAAUGAGGACGGGCCCAGCACUCUGAACCUAGAGGAGGAGGAGCUCUCUGCAGCCAAUCACUGGCUCUUACCAGCCGCUGAGUUCCAUGGCAUCUGGGAGAGUCUGGUCUAUGAGAGCGGGGUCAAAACACAACUCUUGGAUUACGUCUCAACCACAAUUUACUUCUCUGACAAAAACGUGGACAGCAACCUGAUCUCAUGGAACCGAGUUGUUCUGCUUCAUGGACCCCCGGGCACAGGGAAGACGUCUUUGUGUAAAGCUCUGGCCCAGAAGCUGUCAAUCCGACUAUCGAACCGGUACUCUUACGGGCAGUUUGUUGAGAUCAACAGCCACAGUUUGUUCUCCAAGUGGUUCUCUGAGAGUGGGAAACUGGUCACUAAGAUGUUCCAGAAGAUACAACAGCUGAUAGAUGACAAGCAGGCUCUGGUGUUUGUUCUCAUUGAUGAGGUGGAGAGUCUGACGGCAGCGCGGAAAGCCUCCCAGUCCGGAACGGAACCCUCAGACGCCAUCCGAGUGGUCAACUCUGUCCUCACACAGCUGGACCAGAUCAAGCGGCAUCCUAAUGUUGUGAUCCUGACCACCUCCAACGUGACAGAGAAGAUAGACCUGGCGUUUGUGGACAGAGCUGACAUCAAGCAGUACAUUGGCCCUCCGUCUGUAGAGGGCAUCUUCAACAUCUAUCUGUCCUGCCUGGAGGAACUGAUGAAGUGCCAGAUCGUGUACCCCAGACAGCCACUGCUGACCAUGUUUGAGCUGGAGACCAUGGGCUUCAGGGAGAGCAAGGUGUCGGAGCUCAGCCUGGUUCUCAGGGACAUCGCCAUAAAGAGUAAAGGUUUUAGUGGCAGAGCGCUGAGGAAACUACCCUUUUUGGCCCAUGCUCUUUUUGUGAAGACCCCGACAGUGGUCCUGGAGAGGUUCCUGGAGGCCAUGGACCUGGCAGUGGACAAACAGAUCGAGGAGAAGGACAACCUGGUCAACUGUCUGUGAUCUACAGGGACACUGUCUCAAAUAGCACCCUAUACCCUUUAUAGUGUCUGUAGGGAUCUGGUCAACUGUCUGUGAUCUACAGGGACACUGUCUCAAAUAGCACCCUAUACCCUUUAUAGUGUCUGUAGGGAUCUGGCCAAAAAGUAGUGUGCUAAAUAUGGAAUAGGGUGCUAUUUGGGACCUGUCUCAGACAGUCUGGACCUGUUUUACCCAACGGUUGAUGGACACGGUCUCUUCUGGUAUUUCAUGUACAUUUUAUUUCCUGGUUAAACAAUAUACAUUUUAUAAUCAUAUUUUUCUAACCACUUCAACGUUGACCAAUUUAGUUUUCUCACAGACAGUGUGUUUUACCAUUAGAGCACUAUAUUAAAGAUGGCAGCCGUCAACCAGUCGGUCAUGUUCUGUGGAGACUUCCUGAAGCUUGUGUUGCUACUGCCGAGCGUCAUCAAUGUUAGGUGCGUUCUCAGCACGUUUUAAAAAGCCUGAGAUGCAGUCCUCUCUUGAUACGUGUGACUAUAACGGCUUUAAUUUCCUAACCCAAGACGGCAUGUCCCGAAUGGCUCCCUAUGAUCCCUAUGCAUUGCACUACUUUGGGCCGUGACCCAUAGGGCUAUGGUCAAGCGUAGUGCACUAUAUGAGGGAAUAGGGUGCGAUAUGGGAGACGCCCCCCCAUAUGUUGUUUACAGCACAUGUAUUCAUUACUCUGUCUGCUUGUCUGAUGUUUUCUAUGUGAGCUUGCUGUUUCCUAUACGUUUCAAUAGUUGCGAUUAGAAACACAGCCUUUCUGUUAUUGUAAAUGAAUGCAAAUGCCCCCAAUAGGAGAGCUUCAAUGGAAAUGUACAAAUUCUGAUUUAAUUUCUAAUCCUGUGGAUGUUUUUUUGAUACUCAAGGAUGUUCCAUGUAUUGUGUGCUGCCUUCAUAUGGUCUCUUCAUUUAAACUCAGGAUACACAUGUUCAUAACUGACCUGGUUUAUUUAUAUAUAAAACAUUGGAUUAUUCAACUCUUUAAAAACA